CCACUGACCCAGCGAGAGGAGAAGUUGUGAAACAGGUUCUUACACUUCGCAGCCUGGUUUAUGCCGAGUCUCGUGGCGCAGGCACGGGACGGCAGGACUGUUUUCCCAGACCGAGACGCUGCUCGGAGCCGCAGCCAAUAAAAGGCAGGGGGUGUUCACUUGCGGCUGUUCGGAUUGGAUGGCAUUUGAUCUAAAAAAGGCCAUAAACCACGUACCGGACAGAAAAUUUCGAAAUAGAGAAGGUUGGUCGCUGAUGUGCGACUUGGAGGUGAUAUAUCAAGUCAAGGGGAGAGAGAGGGUAUACUGGAUUAAUCUCUGAACCUGAUCUGUUCCAUUCUAUUGAUGCAUUGAAACCAUCGCAGCUGCAGCUCUGUGAACCCUCGGCUGUAACGCCAUCAGGAGCCGACCAGAAAGGCCUGGCUUAGUGCGAGCGGCUCGAUUGCGGAGGCAGUCUCAGUUCAUUCAGCCCGGAACGCGCUAUGGCAUUGGAUUUCGUCGCGGGAUGCCUGGGAGGUGUUGCUGGUGUUCUAGUAGGGCACCCUUUCGACACAGUAAAGGUUCGACUUCAAGUACAGAAUCCUGAUCAGCCACGUUACCAUGGAACGCUACAUUGUUUCCGAUCCAUUCUUAAACAAGAAUCUGUUUUUGGAUUUUACAAAGGUAUUGGUUCACCAAUGAUGGGUUUGACAUUCAUCAAUGCUAUUGUUUUUGGCGUUCAAGGAAAUGCAAUGCGUCAUUUGGGUAAGGAUACGCCACUUAAUCAGUUCCUUGCAGGGGCUGCAGCUGGAGGGAUCCAGUGUAUCAUCUGUUGUCCCAUGGAAUUGGCAAAAACAAGGAUGCAGCUUCAAGGCAUGGGUGAAUAUCAAGCUAAAAGUAAAGUCUAUAAGAAUUCACUGGACUGUUUGAUUAGAAUUUAUAGAAAACAAGGAAUUCGAGGAAUCAACAAGGGAAUGGUGUCUACCAUUAUUAGAGAAAUACCUGGCUUUGGUUUCUAUUUUCUUACCUAUGAUUGUCUAACCAGGGCCUUAAACUGUGAACCUGAUGAUAACUUUGUAAUUCCUAAACUCCUCUUUUCUGGUGGUAUGUCUGGGAUUGUAUCUUGGAUCUCCACCUAUCCCAUUGAUGUGAUUAAAUCCCGACUGCAGGCUGACGGAGUUGGGGGUAAAAACCAGUACAAUGGCAUCAUGGACUGUAUCUAUCAGAGCUACAAAAAGGAAGGCUGGCAUGUGUUCACCCGAGGGCUUACCUCUACACUUCUGAGGGCGUUCCCUGUCAAUGCUGCUACUUUUGCCACUGUUACACUCUUUCUCAUGUACUCAAGGGCCGAUGAGAGUUGCAAGGAGCAGGAGGCUGCCUCAGCAAUCCAACAGCCUUCAAGUCUCUAAAGCCAGUGUCGUCUCCGUGUUACUUUCUACAGAGUAACUGCUGUGAUAACUGAAUUUUACUUGAUCUAUUUUUAUAAGUCUAGUGAAAUUGUAUAAAAAGUAUUUAGGUGUAAAUAUGUAAGAAUUAAUUUGGGUUUAACUUUUAACAGGAUCCUACUAGCUAUGUUUUGUGAGACUACAGCUUCAUGCCUUAUAUCAAAUGUGUAUAUAUAAUAUUUUAAUAAAAUAUGUAAGAAAAUA